AUGCUAGGAGCUGUGACUCCUGAAUCCUUCGAUACUUUGCACUCUUACACGAACACGUUCCAGAUGCCAUUCGUCACGCCAUGGUUUCCGGAAAAGGUAAUCCCGCCGUCAUCAGGGCUUAUAGACCACGCGGUUAGCAUGCGACCGGACUACCAUCGAGCAAUCGUGGACACUAUUGUGUAUUACGGUUGGAAAGAAGUCAUUUAUAUCUACGACUCACAUGACGGUUUACUUCGUUUACAACAGCUUUAUCAAACCAUGCAGCCAGGCAGGACAGUUUUCAAAAUAUCCAUAGUAAAACGAAUCUACAACGCGUCUGAUGCUAUGGAGUUCCUGCUGGCCCUAGAACAAUUCGACCGAUGGAGCAACAAACGGAUUGUGUUAGAUUGUAACGCGAAAAAUGCAAAAAGUAUUUUAGUGGAACACGUACGAAAAGUGCAGUUGGGACGCAGGACGUACCACUACAUGCUUAGUGGCUUGGUUAUGGACGACCAUUGGGAGAAUGAGGUAACGGAGUAUGGCGCGGUCAACAUAACUGGGUUCCGUAUAGUGGAUCAUUCGCGCAGGACUGUACGGGAUUUCAUGGAAAAUCUAAAGAGAAUGGAUCCGAGGUUCAAAGGAACUAUUUCGGCUCAAACUGCGCUAAUGUACGACGGCGUACAAGUACUAAUGGACGCUUUGGGUCGGCUGUGGAAGAAGAAACCUGAUGCUUUUAGAAGUGCUCUUAGAAGAGCCGCAGCCCUCGCUAAUUCGACUAAAGUCAUUGAUUGUAACCCGGGUAAAAGUUGGGUUGUGCCAUUUGAACAUGGGGAUAAGAUAUCCAGAUUGAUUAAAAAGACUGAUAUCGAGGGUCUUACGGGUAAUAUUUCUUUCAAUGAAGAAGGACAUCGAUGUAAUUUUACUCUGCAUGUUGUAGAGAUGACUGUUCAAAGUGCCAUGAUGAAGGUGGCAACAUGGACAGAUAAACAGGGUUUAUCACUGGUAUCUCAAAAAUACGUGCAGCUUCAUUCACCAAUAUCGUAUGACACCAACAGAACUUAUACAAUCACGACAAUCCUUCAAGAGCCCUUUAUGAUGUUGAAACCUGCAGAAUAUGGGCAGAGGGAAAACCAGUUUAAUGGGUUUUGCAAGGACCUAACAGAUUUAAUCGCUGCUAAACUUGGGAUCAAGUAUGAAAUUCGUCUUGUGAGAGAUGGCGCAUUCGGGAAAGAGAUGUCACAUCAUAUUUGGAAUGGACUUGUUGGAGAAAUAUUUAGAAAGGAGGCAGAUAUUGCUAUUGCACCUUUAGCGAUAACUCCAGAAAGAGAGAGGGUGAUCGACUUCAGUGAACCUUUCCUUUCAAUAGAAAUUCCGAUCAAACCAACUAGAACGCCAAAGCAAAAUCCCGGUACUUUUAGUUUUCUACGACCGCUGUCUAAGGAGAUAUGGCUCUGCAUAAUAUUCAGUUUCUUCGCGGUUAGCAUCGUGCUGUUCUUAGUGUCGAGAUUUUCUCCGCACGAAUGGCGCUCUGUUUCUAUUACGGAUACGCAUUUGGAGCAGCCGAUAAGCAAUACUAACGAGAUUAUUUUACACAAUGAAUUCAGUAUUUGGAAUUCGUUCUGGUUCUCACUAGGAUCGUUCAUGCAGCAAGGAAGCGACGUAGUGCCGAGAUCACUCUCCGGGCGUAUAGUCGGCACGGUGUGGUGGUUCUUCGCGCUGGUACUGGUCUGCUCUUACACAGCUAACCUCGCAGCUUACCUCAUAGUAGAACGGAUCGAGCCCGCUGUACUACGAUUCGAGAGAACUGAUAACCACAUUACCCCCAAUCUGGUGAAGGAAGAGAACGUAAACGUGCUGGUAGAAAGUGCUGAGGACUGUUCUCUAACACGCGUAUGCAAAUACAAAUUUAUUAAUUUCGGGAUAGCCACUCCAAAGGGAUCGCCUUUAAGGGAGGGAAUAAAUCUAGCGAUCGUCAACAUGAAGAGAGAUGGCCUCAUUUCCAAGUUAUGGCGGAAAUGGCUGUUGACUACAAAUAAACCCGACUGCGAUUUGGUCAAGGACGAGGAGUCAACGAUAAUAGAAAUGACGCUGUCUCAAGUAGCUGGCAUAUUCUAUGUGCUAGUAGGUGGUCUGGCGUUAGCAUUAGGUGUUGCUUUGUUGGAAUUCUGUCAACAUGGACGUGCUGAAGCCGCGAGAGCGAAUGUGCCACUGAGUACAGCGUUACGAGCUAAAGCUAGACUCGCUUCCCACGAACGGAAGACUCCACAAAGGACCCCACAAAGGGAAGAUCGCCUUGGUUGGAACGGUGCGGCAUUUGCUGGGUAUUUCCCCGCGGGCACGCAGAUCUCACAAGAGGAUGCGGUCCAUGCAAGCUUCACUCACGUC